ACGACGCGCCGACUGAGAAUCAGUUGUUUAAACGGAAAAGUGCGAGUGAUAAGUGCUUGAGAUCUGAGAUCCCGUGACAUCAUCUUUUUCGCGAUGUUUUCCGUGAAAUGUGUGUUUUGACCUUAUGGACCACGUUUGUUUUGGGGGGACAUGAUUCAAAAGAAUUCGGUCAUUUAAAAAUGAUUCCAAAGAACAUUUAAUUUGGUCAUUUAAAAAGUGCUUUUAUUCGAGAGAAUCCAAUGUUACUCGUGGGCACGGAAAACUCGACCCAAAUGCAAGAAACGGCACUUCCUCACGGAAAAAACAUCGCCGCGACCGACUUCUCGAUUGCGGCGAUCAUGGCGAGAGGGGGGGCUGCUGCAGCUGCAAAGGACAAAAUUUCAGAAGGGGAUGCAUUGUCGUUUGCGGCGUCCGAUUCGGAGAGUAGUGGGACGUGGGACAGAAUCGGAGGAGGUCAGAAGAGGGAUCGAUCCACGCCAGCAUCAAGUGUCCCAGAAGAAGAUGAAGAUGUAGAAGAGGGGAGUGACGUAAACGAAGAGGAUGUUCGUCCGAAGAAACCUCAGCAGCAGGUGAAGCGACGUUCUUCCCCGGAAUCGUCUGCAUCGGCGAAUCCUUACGCGGAAACGCUGAAGGGUCGUUGCAAUUGCGAAGAUCUUCUGCGCGUUGAGUGCAUUCUAGAAAACAAAGAUUUGUGGGAGAAAUUUAACGAACUUGGAACAGAAAUGAUCAUCACAAAGACAGGAAGGCGGAUGUUCCCCACACUCAGAGUAUCGUUCUCUGGUGUGGAAUUCUUGGAACAUCAGAGGUAUUCUGUUCUGAUGGAUAUUGUUCCCGUCGACCAGAAGAGAUAUCGAUAUGCCUACCACCGUUCUUCUUGGCUGGUGGCCGGAAAGGCCGAUCCUCCAUCCCCGGCUCGUCUCUACACCCAUCCCGAUUCACCCUUCACAGCUGACCAGCUCAGGAAACAGGUCGUCUCAUUCGAAAAAGUCAAGCUCACCAACAACGAGAUGGACAAGCAAGGACACAUUGUCUUGAAUUCCAUGCACAAGUAUCAGCCUAGGAUUCACUUGGUCAGAAGGAAGCAGGGUGGGUCAAGUGUCAUCACAGAUCUCGAGACAGAAGAAUGCAGAACAUACGUCUUCCCCGAAACCGUAUUCACAGCUGUUACAGCCUACCAGAAUCAGUUGAUAACGAAGCUGAAGAUAGAUAGCAACCCUUUUGCCAAAGGUUUUAGAGAUUCCUCAAGGUUAACAGAAUUUGACAGGGACACAAUGGAAGCUCUGAUAGGAGACCCCUCCUACCUCCACUCUCCGUUUCGAGCAUUGCUGGAACACCCGGACAGAGAAGAUCUCCAGGCAGCUCUAGCGAGGGAGAACCUUCUCGGACUGAGGGCACCCCUCCUUCCCUGGAAACCGGCCGGUGCUCUGCCUUCCUUCACCGACACCUACGGCAUGCUGGCCAACCUGCCGGCCAUGUAUGCCAUGAACCCAGCACAGCGGGCCAUGUGGGCUCAGUGGGGCCCAGCCGGUCUGAGUCAGCACCUGGGACUCUUGUGUGCCGCGAACGCUGCGACGGCGGCUCAAUCGUGCGGGGUGCUCAGACCCACACUCUCCCCCAGUUCGACGGACACCGCCUAUGGACACCUGCACCGGUACAUGCCCUACUUUUAUAAUGCAAAGAAGGACAGCGACAAGGACAGCUCAACAAGUCACACCCCUUACAGGUGAGGGGGUGUCCUACUUCGAAUGCAGUUAUUGGUGUUUUCACUCCCGGUUACUUAAGAAGAACUCUUUUCUUCCACUGUGUACAGAAAUAUACCUCCACACGAUUCUGAAGUGGUUCUUUUAUACAUAUUUUCAAACCCUCAGACCCCCGUGUCUGAACCACCCUCUAUGAGAUUAUUAAAUUAAAGGUAAAGGAAGUGACUCUCUCGUGAAUCGUGCUGUUGUAGUGAAGGAAAGUGAGCUCGAUCCAGCAAUGUCUAGAACAAACGAAGAAUUGUUUUUCGGGAAGGGCCAAGAAUGUAAAGACACGUAUCAGCUUGUCUGAGUAAAGGUUCAUUUGUUUGACCGACAUUGAAUGUCUCAGCAUUCCUUUUCUUUGUAAGCACAGCUUCUCAUUUGACUUCUUUCAGUCUGAAUAUUUCCUUCAUGGCUACAAUGAGUUAAAACUGUCAUUUUAUGAGGAAUUUUUUUUAAAUGAACUGUAAGAGAAGAAACUCAAAAAAUCAUCCUAUUUCAAAAAAACAAAUUAAUAAUCAUUAUCUGGGGAAACAUUUAGGUUGUCAGCAUCUAGAUAGAAAAGGUCGUGUCACUUCACUGUGGGCCAGAAUACCAUGAUCUUUGGGCAAAAGUCAAAAAGUAAAUUUUCAACUAAGAUAUGUGUAGGUUAAUAUAGCCCACAUUAAGUAUUCAUCAUCAUUCCAAACAUUAUAAUUUACUUUUUGGACCGACGAAAGUGCAAUGUAAUGAAAAAUAUGUAAAAAAAAUUUUUUUUU